GAGGAAGAGGAGAUCGCGGAGCCCAUGCGGCAGAUCCAGUGCAACCCGCCGAAGAAAGGCGCGGGGCCGGACGCCUUCUUCACCUUCGAGACGAGCAUCGGCCUCGGGGACCCCUACCAGGAGACGCGAGCUACGCCAUCAAGAAGGGGAGGGUGCAGCACCUGAACCCCGAGGCGGCGUUCAUGCCGCCCGGCAAGAUUGGCUGGUCAGUGAACAAGCUCGGUUACGAGUACAUUGACCACAAGGACACAGCCAAGGAUCCCAAGGCGAUCAAGGAGAAGUACACGGACUAUAUGCCACCCAGGCAGAUCCUGACCAACCCGCCGAAGAAGGGAGGCGGCGGCACGCUGACCCAAGGAGGUGCUCUUCGGCUUCGGUGGUGA